GCCAGCCCGGCCGGGCCGGGCGGAGUCAACAUUCAGGCCGGGCCUGGGCCCACCUCGCUCACCCCGGACGGAAGUCUCAGCCCGGCUCUCGACUCCGGAGAACCGCUCACUGACCGAGAGCCGGGCCUCACCCACGGGGCGGCUGAGCCUAGGAGAGCUCCGGUGCGGGAGGCACCAUGAAGCGUGCGGGUACUCUGCGCCUGCUUUCGGACCUGAGCAACUUCAGCGGCGCGGCCCAACUCCGAGAGUUGUUGGCCGGGGACCCAGCCGUCCGAGUCCGCUGCAGCCCGGAUGGCCGCCACCUGCUGCUGUUGAGACGUCCAGGGGCGCCCAGCCAGCAGCUCCUGGUAGCUGUGCGUGGACCCGGCGCGGAACUGGAACGUGCCUGGCCCGAGGGCCACCCCUCACCACUAGACGCCUUCUUCCUGCCGUGGCCGGCGCGACCCGCGCUGAUCCUGGUGUGGGAGAGUGGCCUAGCCGAAGUGUGGGGUGCCGGGAUGAAGCCUGGCUGGCAGCUGCUUCAGAGCACCGAACUGUGUCGGGGUGGCGGAGCCCGCGUAGUAGCCGUGGCGGCGCCCCGAGGCCGCCUGGUAUGGUGUGAGGAGCGUCAGUCCGGCACUGAGAACCCGUUAGGGCAACCUGCAACCGCUUUCAGCUACUGCGUGUGCGUCAGGACGUUAGAGGCAAGUGGAGAGCCUGGUACCAGCCUGGGCCGCACACACGUCCUGCUGCACCACUGCCCCCCUUUUGAAAUGAUGGCCUCCCACAAGGACCUCUUCCUGGUGCCCACUGCCACCACUUGGCCUGGUGUGGCCCACAUUCUGCUCAUCUGGAGCCCAAGCAAGGGCAAAGUGAUAGUGGCUGCCCCAUGUCUUGGCCUCUCCCAUAGUAAAAGCCUGAAUCCCAGACAAGGAGACACCUGGGACUUUCGAACCCUGCUCCGAAGUCUUCCUGGGUUGCUGUCCCCUAGGGAGCCAUUGGCUAUACAUACCUGGGCCCCAACUCCUCAGGGCCUGCUGUUGCUUGACUUCAGAGGCACAGUGAGCCUAGUACAGUCCCAUGGUGGUAACCGAGUGGUGGGCACUCUGCAAGAGGCACCUGCAGGCCUUGUGGGGUCUGCAGCCCUAGGAAUAUUUCAGGGCACUCUGGCCUGUGUGCUGGGCUCCACCUUGGAACUGCUGGACAUGGGCAGUGGACAGCUGCUGGAGAGGAAGGUCCUAAGUACAGACCGAGUACAUUUGCUGGAACCCCCACCUCCUGGCAUGGACAAGGAAAAGCUGGAGACCCAAGGGGGUCUUUGUUUGCUUUCAGCCUUGGGUUUGUUCUGUGUAGGUUGGGAAGUCCCCCAGGGCCUUGAGCUGCCCUCAGCCAAGGAUCUGGUGUUUGAGGAGGCCUGCAGUUACUACCAGCGGCGGAGUCUGCGGGGUGCCCAGCUCACUCCAGAGGAACUGAGACACAACAGCACAUUCCAGGCACCUCAGACCUUGGCCUCUAUCCUCCAGGGCCACUUGCCCCCAUCUACCCUGUUGACUACACUGAGAGCUGAACUUCGGGAUUACCGGAGUUUAGAGCAGCUCAAGGCCCAGCUGGUAGCUGGGGAUGAUGAGGAGGCUGGCUGGACUGAGCUGGCAGAGCAUGAAGUGGCACGUCUACUGAGGACUGAGUUGACUGGAGACCAGCUGGCCCAGCUCAACACUGUUUUCCAAGCCCUUCCUACUGCAGCCUGGGGCGCCACUCUUCGAGCCCUACAGCUCCAGCCAGAUGGGACUGGCAGACUGAGGUCUCAAGCUCCCCCUGAUGUGUGGAAGAAGGUGCUAGGGGGUACAAUAGCUGGAAAGGACCCCCCCAAUGGGAUACUGCCUCCUUUUGAACUCCUAUGCCAAUGCUUAUGCCGGCUAGAACCUCGAUGGCUGCCCCCCUUUGUGGAACUGGCACAGCAGCAGGGCGGGCCAGGCUGGGGGGCUGGAAGCCCAGGGCUGCCCCUCUAUCGCCGAGCCCUGGCAGUUCUAGGUGAGGAGGGGAACAGGCCUGAGGCACUGGAGCUAGAGCUGCUCCUGGGCAGUGGGCGGCCCAAAGCUGUGUUGCAAGCUGUGGAGCAGCUGGUGCAAAAGGAGCAGUGGGAGCGGGCUUUGGAGGCUGGCCUGGCCCUAGGCCCCUCCAGCCCCUUGCUUCGAAGUGAAAUCUUUAAACUGCUACUGGGUGAGUUUGCCCAGCACCGCCGCCUUGAUGCUCACCUCCCUCUCCUUUGCCGCCUGUGCCCACCAGAAGUCGCUCCAGAUGAGCUCCUGCUUCUACUGCAGUCACACCUCCCAGAUGAGGUGGGACCCCCUGCCCCAUUUCCUGAACCUGGAGCAGAGCCCCCUCUCACAGUGGGCUUGCUUAGAGCCCUGUUGGAGCAGACUGGGGCUCAAGGACGGCCCUCAGGCCCAGUUCUAAGCCCAUAUGAGGAUAUCCUAUGGGACCCAGGUACUCCACCCCCCACCCCACCUCGGGAACCUAUUGCUACCCUCAAGGCAUCAGACCAACCAGACCUGGAGGCCUGGGCACCAGCUGGACAGGGUCUCUGUGUGACUAACACAGGAAAUCGCUUAUAGGACACAGUGAUCAGGGAAAAAUGUCUAGGAGUUGGAAGGGGACAAGGUGGAAACUGUGUGUGCAAUACUCCUCUCUUCUGAAGCAAUUUUAAGACAUAUGUGUAAAUGUUAAAUAUAUACGUUU